GCUUUUCGCGACAGUUGCGAGGGCCUCCGAACUGCCUCUUUUGCUGCUGCUUCCUGUUGGCGGUUCCUGAAAGAAAGAAAGAGAAAGAGAGAGAGCAUGGCGGCCGAGGAUGCUAAGUCCGUUUUAUUCGUUUGCCUGGGGAACAUUUGCCGCUCUCCUAUAGCAGAAGCAGUUUUUAGGAAACUUGUGACUGAAGGGAACAUUGAAAACAAGUGGAGGAUAGACAGUGCAGCAACAUCUACAUAUGAAGUAGGAAAUCCUCCAGAUUAUCGAGGCCAGAAUUGCAUGAGGAAACAUGGUGUUACAAUGAAUCAUAUUGCCAGGCAGGUUACAAAAGAUGAUUUCCUGACGUUUGAUUAUAUGCUUUGUAUGGAUGAAAGUAAUUUACGAGACCUGAAAAGAAAAAGCAAUAGUGUUCAAAACUGCAAAUCUCAGAUUGAGCUGCUUGGGAGCUAUGAUCCGCAAAAACAGCUUAUUAUUGAAGAUCCGUACUAUGGGACUGAUGAAGAUUUUGAAACUGUUUAUCAACAGUGCCUUAGAUGCUGUAAAGCAUUUUUGGAGAAACCUCAUUAAUGGGGCAAGUGUUUCUGAAAGCAAAUAAUAUUUAGCUGUUCUGUAAAAUUACUCUCAAUUGAUAUUAAAUUGUAAAGAUUCUAAAAGUCCUUUUUAGCAUACUUAAUUUCAUGAUGUGCACUGCACCUUGUACUUGAAAAAUGGUAGGCUUAUAAAAUUUAUAUUAACCUUGAUCAGGCAUCUAUAUAAGGGGGAAAGCAUCCAGUACUGACAGAAUAAAUGUGUGUGAUUCUUGGUAUACAUAUUCCACAUAGUAUGUAAAAGAAUUCCUGUAUGCAUACUUUAAAUAUGAUACACCUAUGUCUGUUUUCCAUUGCUACUUGUAUGUAUGGUACAGUACUUUUUAACCUUAAACAUCUUUCUUAGAAGUAUUUUUUAGAUGCUUUGUCACAUGAUUAAGAAAUGAAGACUUAACAAAACAGUCUCUUUUUACUUUUUCCAUUAUUUGUGAUUUGAAAGAGAGAGAGACUUUCAGCCAUAUAAAGUUGUUGAGCUGUAUGAAUUUCACAAGUCUGCAUAACCACAGAAUAAGUUCAUUGUGUGGUAUCUUGUGCAGUCUGGUACAGUCUCCUAGACUCUUGGUCUCUCUUUUUUCUAUAUAUUAAAACAAAAUCUAGCCUUUAGUAGCUGCUGAGAUGAUGCUUGAAAGAGGAUAAAUACCGCCUUGAGAAGUCUUGGAGCAGUGUGCACGGCACAAAGUGUUCUUUGCAAAUCAUGUGUACUAACGGAAGCCGAGUAAAUGAAUUAAAUAUGCUUCACUUGCCCUAACAUAUACAAACUACAACCGUGUUAAUUUUCACACAACAGAAUUUUGGCACUACCUUCUUCUUAAUCAUAAGUAUACACAGCCCUGGCUAUAUAUGAGAAAUGUCUGAAGAGAAGAGUUAAAAAGCCAGCCAUUGCCUCAUUGAGAACUAGGACUGCUCUCUUCUGCUUCAUGGAAAUUCCCUUACAGGUCGAUAAGCGAGAUUUCCUUUUGAAAUGCUCUCUUAUCAUUUUCAUGGUAAUCAUAAUCAUUAUAAUUUUAUACCGCCCAUCUGGCUGGGUUUCCCCAGCCACUGGUAAACAUUCCAUAGAUCACAACCACAUUCACCAUUUUUUAAAAAGUUAUAUAUGUUUUGCGCCUACACCCUCCUGUCUCUUAUAACUGAUGCCUUUCCUGAAUAUUCUCAUGCUAGAACUUUUAUGUGUCUCCAUCAUGCUCUUCAUUCCCAUCAUAUCAAACACAUCCUCCUUGGUGGUUUGCUUUCAAGUAGCUUCACCAGUUACUGAUACUCCUCAGAGCUUUUCUUCCUAAAUUGUUUAAAGGGUGCUUUUAAUACUCUUCUCCCAUCUUCUUUCUUGUAAAUAAGCUGUCUUUCAUGACUAUGUCAGUUCAAAAGCAUGCCAGUGCAAGUAGAUAAAUAGGUACCGCUGUAGCAGGAAGGUAAACAGCGUUUCCAUGUGCUCUGGCACUCGUCACGGUCCUCAGUGCGCCAGUAGCAGUUUAGUCAUGCCGCCCAUAUGACCCGGAAAACUGUUUGUGGACAAACGCCGGCUCCCUCGGCUUGAAAGCGAGAUAAGCGACACAACCCCAUAGUCGCCUUUGACUGGACUUAACCGUCCAAGGGUCCUUUACCUUUACCUUUUUACCUUCUUAUCACCUCUUUGAGGUUCAGUUUCUCAUGGUGCAGAGCAGGACAGAGAGUAUAUGGGUAGAAUCCUUUUAUGGUGUGCCAUACCUUUGCCUGCGUUGAUUGCAACUUGGCUUAGAAGAGCUAGCUAGACCCAUGGGAUUUGAAAAGGUAACUAAAUCCUUGAUCCCAACCUAUUCCUUAUAAUGUCUGGCCAUGAUGACAAUAUGUGACUCCCAAGUUGGCAUUGCUUAGCUUCUCUCUUGCCCUCCCCUUCCUUGGAAGAGCAUUUCAUUAUUGCUGCUUCAAAACCAAAGAAAACCAAAGAAAACCAAAGCCAAAGAAAAGCUUCUGCUACCCAGAAGCAAAAUCCAUAGUGUGCCACAAAUGUACUUUACUGCUUCUAGUAAAGGACACUAUUGAGUGCAAAACUCCUCCGAGUAAUAAAUAGCUCAACAUAAAACAUAAAGCACAUGCUGAAGGGUGUUGACGGGGAAAAAAUGUUUAUCUGUAAAUAGUUGAAUGUGUGAGCUAUUCCUGGUCUACUGCUUGGUGUCAAGCCAUGCAGUGUAAUAAUGAAUGGUAGGCUGUCUUAUCUUUUAAACAACCAAUUAUAAAAAAAUGUUUGCCAAGAUCUUUAUCUUCCCACUUAGCAGAAUUAAUAAAUGCAAGCUGCAGACAAGAAAAUAGGAAGUUGUCAUAAUAAUUCCUUUGGCUGAGUGUUGCUAUAAACAGUGGUUACAUAUUAGAGUAUUUUGCACUGUUUGUACACAUUAGGACACUAACAUUUCCCCUCUCUCCUACUGCUUCUUAUGUCCCAAGCACAUUUGCAAUAUGUAUUUAUUAGUUUAUCUUAUUUAUUAGAUUUAUAUACCACCCGCCAUCAUAAGAUUUCAGGGCUGUUCAUGAGAUUAAAACACAAAUAAAUAGUUAGAAACAGCAAAACAAAAGCCCCCUCCCACAGAAACAUUUAAAAGGCUGUAGAAUAUUAAACAACUAAAGGCCUGAUUGAAGAGGAACGUUUUUCACCUGGCACUUAAAGAUAUAUAAAGAAGGUGCCAGACAAACCUCUCUGGGGAGAGCAUUCCACAAAUAGGGAACCACUGCAGAAAAGGCCACUUCUCAUGUUGCCACCCUCCAGACCUCUGCAUGAUGAAUGCAGAGUCCAAGUUGGUUUAAAUGGGGAACGGCGGUCCUUGAGGUAUUGUGGGUCCUGAGCCUUCAAAGGGAAGCUGAGCUUGAAAGGUAGGGUUUCAAGAGUUACUUUGAUUCUGUAUAAUUUCCGAUCUAUACUGAGUUAGAAUGAUAUUAUAUUUGGACCAUAAGAAUCUUUUCCUUUUCCUUUUUUGGGGAUUUGUUUUGUACACUUUAUUUUGGAAGAUCUGAUGUAUCUUUUUUUUAAACUUUUCUCAAUAAAGUUUUUUUUAAAAAAAGGGAAGCUGAGCUUGAAUAGCCUGCAUGCUGCAAACCCUGAAAGAAGUGAGGCUAGUAGAUCUUGGAGCAGCAUGAAUCAACUUCCUGUUGAUGCUGCUGGACUGGAAUGUUGUGUUCCUGGUUAAGGACUAGCAUGGGCAGAGAGAUUUAAUGGUGCUACUAGAUAAUACUAUACUUUUACUGAGUGUUGAGGGCAAACUUUCAUUAAAGCAUCUAGAUUCAGGUAGGUAGCCAUGUUGGUCUGAUGCAGUCAAAAUAAAUUAAAAAAUUGUCCAGUAGCACCUUAGAGACCAACUAAGUUUGUUCUGGGUAUAAGCUUUUGUGUGCACACACACUUCUUCAGAUAAGGUAUCUGAAGAAGUGUGCAUGCACACGAAAGCUUAUACCCAGAACAAACUUAGUUGGUCCCUAAGGUGCUACUGGACAAUUUUUUUAUUUAAAGCAGGAAUAGUGGUCUCCGAGAUUGGAUCCAUGUUUUGGGUACCUGUCCCAUUUUCCCCAAAUAACAACCCUGCUGGAUUUAAAAUGCACCCCGAGUUGAAUUUCAUUGCAUGCAAAAUUCCAUAGUUUUGAUUUAAAAUGCCAUAGGAAUUUCAGAGGCAAAUAGCUAUAAUUUAUUUUAAUAGGCUAGGCUCAAGUGCUGCUAGGAAUAUAUUUUUGUUUUGAUAAAAAUGUUAAGUUUUAUUCCUGUAAAGUUUACAGCUGUACUAAAAUUAACUGUCAUGCUAAUUGACUUGAAAAUACAAGAGCAAAUAAAAUAGGAAAAAGAUCAGCUUAGCUGUAUUGAUCCUUGUAAUGUUUUCAUUGCCUUAGUUUCAUAAUGUAGCUAAUUACUUUGGGUACACCUUGGUUUGUUUGUUUUUUAAAAAACUGCAUGAAAUACAAGUGGCCACCUGAAUCUCCGAUCCUGAUACACAUGGAACACUUUUCUGUGGUUGCUUUCAAACUUCCAUUUAAAGGAAAAAACUUUCUGGUGUUGCAGGUAUAUGGAAAUGAAUGUUUCAUAUUGACUGGACCCCAAGGAAACACUUAGAGAGGAGGAACAGGAGCAACAUUUACCUUCCAUUAAUUAUAGCUACAGUGUUGAAUCGGAUAGAGAUGACUGUUUUAAUAAGCCUUCAUAAAGGUGACUUGGCAGGAUGGGAACGGUGGUGGCACAGGCAAGUAGAAUCAUGGGUGGGUUACCAUUCUGAAUGAACUGUUUGCAAGGAUGCUGUUAGCCCAAAUGAAGCCCACCUCGGGGCAUGUUCUAUCUCUCAUCACAUGAAACAUCGCCACUUUGAAAAGGAAUUUGAUUGUCUUUGGUCUAGUGCAAUUCUUUCCCAUCUUAAGUACUAUAAGUAGGAAGAAGAAGAAGGAUGAAGAGCCAAAUUAUAAACCCAACACUUUAUUAUGUAUGUUAUUUACAGUAUUUACAUAUUGCACAUUUAGCUGGAAUGUUCAUACCUCUAUUGUACAGGAAACAGAUGGCAUUUUAGUGGAUGCAGAAUCCCAAGUUUUACUUAAAACAUGUUUGUCUCUUCCACAUGGCAUGCAGUUUGCACUCGGUAAGAGUACACCAUAACAGAUUUAUGAAACAUUUGUAACCAAACACUUUGAAUUGCAUGAGCAAGAAAGGUAACCUUCUCCACAGGAAGGCUUCCUUGAAAGUGUCCCAUGACGUCUCUAAAUGAAACAUGUUCUUACUUGGGAGGUUGGUAUUCACUGAUUUUUUUUGGCAAUGCAACACUUCUGAUAUAGGGUGGCUUUAGAGUAUGAAACAUUUUAAAUUGUUAUGGUAGAAAAACUACCAGAAAAAAUGCGUAUCUGUAAACAGUGGUGACAGAAUAGAAAACACAUUUUUAAAGAUUUUAUGGGAAGUCGUCUAUCAACUUGCAAAAAUAAAUCUCUUGUUCACAAUGGAAUAUGUUACAAAGAUGGUAAGUUCAAUUUCCCUGUUGGUUUCCAAGGCACUUCUCUUGGUUCUUGAUAAUAGCUUUUUCCCUUGAUAGUAGUAACAUCUGAAGCUAAGACAAGACAACACCGCCCCCCACAAAAUAUUAGUUUAUCGGUUUUCAAGAGAGCAAAAUAUUUCACUUUUGUUUUCGCUGCACAAUCUGACAUACUAAAACUCUGGGCCAGUUACCAUUUGCUGUCAAGGGAUGGAGAUUUAGAUAAGUGAGAUAAAGCCUUCACAGUUCAUGAGCACCAGUUCUUGGAUACUCCAAGGACUAUACUAUAUUUUUAAGGUAAAGGGACCCCUGACAAUUAGGUCCAGUCAUGACCGACUCUGGGGUUGCGGCGUUCAUCUCGCUCUUAUGGCUGAGGGAGCCGGUGUACAGCUUCCAGGUCAUGUGGCCAGCAUGACAAAGCCGCUUCUGGUGAACCAGAGCAGCACACGGAAAUGCUGUUUACCUUCCCGCCAGAGUGGUACCGAUUUAUCUACUUGCACUUUGAGGUGCUUUUGAACUGCUAGGUUGGCAGGAGCUGGGACCGAGCAACAGGAGCUCACCACGUCAUGGGGAUUCAAACCGCCGACCUUCUGAUCAGCAAGCCCUAGGCUCUGUGGUUUAACCCACAGCACCACCCGUGUCCCUAUAUUUUUACUUCUUUUUAAAUACACUGAUUUCCCUACUUGUGGCAAUCAUUCCUAUAUGACAGGCACCCCCAAACUCGACCCUCCAUAUGUUUUGGGGCUACAAUUCCCAUAAUACCUGACCACUAGUCCUGUUAGCUAGGGAUGGUGGGGGUUGUAGUCCCAAAACAUCUGGAGGGCCGAGUUUGGGGAUAAGUUGGUGGUUCUAAUGUUUGAGGACUGACUACAACAUUAUUAUUUUUUAAAAAUGGCUUUAUCAUAAAAAGAAAGUACAAUUUGUUUUGUUCUACAAUAUUUUAUUCACAAGGGCUGAAAAGGAUCUUAAUCUCAGUGUUGAUUCCAAGAGAAAUGAAUUGGUUUUGAUUCCUGAUAUUGCUUACUGUUGUUAAGUUGGUAUUUCAGUAAAAUAUAAAUGUGCAGUUUUGGAGACAGAUUCAGCUGAAUGCGCAUAACGCUCAUGUUUCAACUACAUUAUAACUGUAUCAUAGACACAUUAAUCACUCCUACAUGUAUAUUUUUAAGCUGCAUUCAAAUAUGGCAUAAUCAACCUGUAACUUUAAAUAGAGACCCAGUGUCAAUACAUAGAAACGGAUGCUGACUCAGCCCCUGAAAAUUAGCUGUGCCUGGAUGUGCUUUGUUUUACUAUCUGCUAACUGCAUACAGCUAUGAAUUCACCCUUGAUGUCUGAGAGUCUUUAUGCUGCUUUCCAGUAGGGGGUAUCCUUUUAUUUAUGGCCAGUAUUUUGCCAAGUGAAGGGGUGUUGUGUCAUUCUCUCUGAAAGGGGAAUACCUUCUCCAAAGAGCUAUUGCGCAAUGCUCAUUAAUUGUAUCAAAUCCACAAUGGUGAUGUUGCUAUGCAUAUACGGGCAGUGUGCAAUUGGUCCUUUCAAAAAGCUUACCUUAUCCUUCCGUGCACAUUGGACUUACUGCCAACCGAGUAAGAAGCCUGGCACAUCUUUUAUAGUCUAGUGAAAAGAUCAUAAAUAGAAGUUAACAAACAACCCAGCAUAACUUGAGGGUGUU